GCUGAAGACUGAUACACUGAAAGAAGGAAAGCAGAAGACCUGCUUAUGAACCUCGUCGUCUCUCUUGCAUCUUCAACCUCUCAGAAGUCCUGAACCGAUCGCAUACAUCCAACCAAUCGGGUUUGGAUCUGUGAGCAUUCGGAUGGGGACGCGAAACGACGUUGUGGAGAUUGAUAGCUUGGAGGAGGGGUUACUUUCAGAAACUGCAACCGAAGCUGAAGGUGAAGAACCAGUUCUGUAUUCAGCUUCGUUUCAGGAAAAAGAGGAGAAUUUUGUGAAGUACCAAACUGCACGAUGGCUUCUCUACUCUGGGCUUUUGGUACUGGCAUGGGGGAUUGGGAUUUUUAUGCUGCUUUAUCUGCCCGUCCGCCGCUACAUUCUGCGAAAGGAUAUUCGAUCGCGGAAGCUCUAUCUCACUCCCAAUGCCAUUGUCUACAAGUAUGCAAAGCCGGUUCCAUUUCCAAUUUUCGGGGUGUUGAAGAAAGAGAAGCAUUUUUUGUUGCCUUCAGUAGCGGAUGUUGUGAUCGAGCAAGGAUAUCUGCAGUCUCUCUUCGGUGUCUACUCACUUAGAAUAGAACAUGUUGGUGUCAGACGGCCGGCAAGCGAUGAUGUUCAAAUUCAUGGCAUUGCGAAUCCCAGUGCUUUCAGGAAGGCAGUCCUCAUGCGCCUUUCAAGCAUGACUAAUGAGGUCUUCUCUAGACAAAUUUCCACACUUGAAGAUAUUCCAAAUUUGAAGCUUCAGGGGUCCCCGUCAAAGUCUCUCAGGUAUGGGGAUCUAGUGCUACUACAAAAACUUGAGGAAGUUGGAAGUUCUGUAAAGAGGGUUCAAACUAUACUUGAGGAGCAACACCCUCAAACACCAGAACCUACAGAUGGAAGCGCACGAAGAGUGUUAAAUUUUGUGUGAUGCAGGAUAUGCAGAAGGUGGGAAAUUUCAUGUCAGGCCUUUGUUCGUACAAGUCGCACACCACUACCAUGUUAUUAUCACCUAUCUCGUCUGCCAAAUCCAGGAUUACAACCCCGCAAACGUUAUACAUUCUUCCUACAUUUCUGCUGGUGCCCACUAACAAGGCCCUGUUGAUUCCAAAUGUACUUUGUAUCUUAUCAUUUGCAAGUAUAGAAAUUGACCCAUGUAAAGAUUCAUGAUUGUCCCUUUGGGGGUUUGUUGUGUGCUGUUCUUUCCAUGAAAAAUUUAAAUUCUUUUUUCUUUCGACCCUUCAAUCGUGUUCUCCCUUAUACUCUGCGAAUAAUCGUAUAGUUUCGAGUACAGUAUUCAAAACUGUUUAUGUA